UAUAUAUACGAUGGUUUUAUGUCAUCGAAAUAAAGCGCAAUCCGCUAAAAUGGCAAUUUCAUACUUUGUAUUAAUAAAGAUCAAUAGUUUGCUGGUGUUAGGCAUUGUAUAAAUCCGAGAUCAAAAGAUUUUGAAACCUAUAACAAAAAUCCAAAUCCAAACUCUGUAAAUCUUAGCAGAAAAAGUGCGUCGUAUGCAAGUUUGCAAGUAGAGUCUUUCCCCCAAUACAGGAGAAACUCUUGGAACUCCAACAUUCCUUCUCUGUACUCGAUGCCUCAUCACUGGAAAUCCCUCUUCCUCCUCCUCCUACAACUCCUCAAUCUCUGCUCCACCAAUUCCCAGCCGUUCACAUCAUCAAAUCCCCAUCUUCAAUUCCCAUGCAAGCCACCCCACCACAGCUCCUACCCUUUCUGCAACAACUCCCUCCCGAUCCCCACCAGAGCUCAGUCCCUAAUUUCCCUCCUUACCCUCCAAGAAAAGAUCCAACAGCUCUCAAACAGCGCUUCUGCAAUCCCCAGACUUGGCAUCCCACCUUACGAAUGGUGGUCCGAGUCCCUCCACGGCAUAGCCACCAACGGCCCUGGUGUCUCCUUCAAUGGCACCAUCCCUUCAGCCACAAGCUUCCCACAAGUGAUUGUCACAGCAGCUGCUUUCAACAGGACUCUCUGGUCCUCCAUCGGGGCAGCCAUUGCUGUUGAGGCCAGAGCAAUGUACAAUUUUGGGCAAGCUGGGUUGACUUUUUGGGCACCCAAUAUCAAUAUCUUUAGGGACCCCAGAUGGGGGAGGGGUCAGGAGACCCCUGGGGAGGACCCCAUGGUUGCUUCUGCUUAUGCUGUUGAGUUUGUGAAGGGUUUUCAGGGUGGGGGAAUUAGAGAUGGUGGGCUUGGAGCGAGGACAGUGUUGGAAAGUGAUGAGAGGGGUGAUAGUUUAAUGCUCUCUGCUUGUUGCAAGCAUUUCACUGCUUAUGAUUUGGAGUCGUGGAGGAAUUUUAGUAGAUAUAGCUUCAAUGCUGUGGUUUCAGAACAAGAUUUGGAGGAUACAUUUCAGCCGCCUUUUCGAAGUUGUAUACAACAAGGUAAAGCUAGCUGCUUAAUGUGUUCUUACAAUGCUGUAAAUGGGGUUCCUGCCUGUGCACAGAAGGAUCUCUUGGAUAAGGCUCGGAACGAGUGGGGAUUCAAAGGAUAUAUCACCUCAGACUGUGAUGCUGUGGCCACAGUGUUUGAAUAUCAGAACUACACAAAAAGUCCCGAGGAUGCAGUUGCUGAUGUUCUUAAAGCAGGGACGGAUAUUGAUUGUGGCACAUACUUGCUCCGAAAUACUCUAUCUACAAUCAAACAAGGGAAGGUGCAAGAGGAAGACAUAGACAAGGCGCUUCUCAAUCUUUUCUCUGUUCAACUCCGUCUUGGGUUAUUUAAUGGAGAUCCCAGAAAAGGGAAAUUUGGUAGUUUUGGAGCUCAGGAUGUCUGUACCUCAGAGCAUAAGACGUUGGCACUUGAGGCAGCAAGGCAGGGAAUUGUGCUCCUUAAAAAUGAUAAGAAGUUUUUGCCUUUAAAAAGGGGUGUUGAUUUUUCCUCGGCUGUCAUUGGUCCAUUGGCAAACAAUGCAAGUUUGCUGGGUGGGGAUUACACAGGAAUUCCCUGCAACCCAAAGAGUCCUUUUGAGGGUCUUCGAGAGUACUCAACUAGAACAUCUUAUGUAGCUGGCUGCCAGGAUGUACCAUGUAUGUCUGAUGCUGGGUUCAAAAAAGCAAUUUACGCUGCAAAAAAAGCUGAUUUUGUUGUUAUAGUCGUCGGUAUUGAUGCAUCGCAAGAAAGAGAAGAUCACGAUCGAGUUAGUCUUCUCUUACCUGGUAAACAGAUGGCCCUUGUAUCUUCUGUGGCUGCUGCAAGCAAAGGACCAGUGAUUCUAGUUCUUGCUGGCGGUGGACCACUUGAUGUAACAUUUGCCAAAGAAGAUAUGCGAAUUCCAAGCAUUCUUUGGAUUGGGUACCCUGGGGAGGCUGGCGGGAGAGCACUAGCAGAAGUCAUCUUUGGAGAUUUUAAUCCAGGUGGAAGGCUGCCUAUGACUUGGUAUCCUGAGUCAUUCACCAAUGUACCAAUGAAUAAUAUGAACAUGAGGGCUGAUCCUUCUUUAGGUUACCCUGGAAGAACCUACCGGUUUUACACUGGGGACAGGCUAUAUGGAUUCGGGCAUGGGUUAAGCUAUAGUAGUUUCACUUACAAUAUCGUAUCAGCGCCAAAAAAGUUAAGCUUAUCAAAACCCUUCAAGGUAGAUUUGAGUAAAAAUGUACUACACCAACCUGGAGAUGUACUUGACCAUUUACACAUUGAUGAGGUAACGUCGUGUGAUUCUUUGAGAUUCUUUGUUGAAAUCGCUGUGAAGAAUAACGGAGACAAGGAUGGAGGCCAUAGUGUGAUGUUGUUCUCCAGAGUGCCAAAAGUAGUCAAGGGUGCUCCACUACAACAGCUGAUCGGAUUUAACCGUGUGUAUACGGUUUCAAACCAAUAUACUACAGCAUCCAUUCUAGUUGAUCCCUGUACACAUCUAACCUUUGCAGAUGAGCAUGGGGAAAGGAUAUUGCCAUUGGGUGAACAUGUAUUAAUGGUAGGAGAUAUACAACACUUUGUCUCAGUUGAAAUUAAUUAAUGUAAUUUAUGUCAAACAGACGCUUGAAAUUUAUGUCAAAAUGUUGGCAAGGAAAUGCAGUGACAAACCAGUGUUUCGAUGCACAGAGAAA